CGGGAAACAACAGUGAAUCAAAUAAACAACUUAAUAAUUGAUGUAUUUGUUGAUUAUGAAAACUAUUUUCAAUUCAUUUAAUUUACGAUUUGAGACUUUCAUCUGUUCAUAAUGAACAUUUAUCGUUAAAUUUAAACAUUAGAUAUGCCCAAUCAAUCGGAUUUUAUAAACAAGAUAGCCCUCUACUUGGUUUUGUCACCUUUUUUCGUAUUCUCUUCAUAGCCCAGUGAAGCUACAAUUUAAUCGGAUAUCAGCAUUAUAUCGCAUGUUUACCAGGUAAUCCAGCAUUGCACUCGAUAAAGAAACAGAAGAGGCGUCACAUUCAGAAUGUUUUCAAUUCAUUUCUACUGAAUCUUUUUUCUCACUAUUUUGAUUACAACUCCGGCGUAGUCAAUAUAAAUGAAUUGAACGAUAUCUCUGAUCCUUUCUGGUAUAUAAUCAAAUACAUUCACCAUUCACCAUUACAACUUUCUAUGUUCUCAAGCCUUUGCCUUUUCCAAAAGCAAUAACAAUGCGGAUAAUAGCAUAACUGUUACAAGGAAGCUGAUUAAUCCUGAUUUGACCGUUAUACAGUCUACAUUUUCUGCACCAUAUUUCUUUCAAUCUAGUUGAACAUUUGCCUGAUAUCUCCAACAUACACACAGCCAUUGUUCAAGAGAACCCUGUUUGCUGUUGAAUCACUAUUCUUGAUCUUGACCAGUAUUACGUGUAACAUACAAAUUUUUCUAGUUCAACUAUCCAUCAGUCAAGCUCAAAUUUUAUUUUGCCUAUUUAAGCUAUCGUAUUCGAAAAGCGUUCUUUCUGCUUUGAAUCAAAAUGAUGGAAUUAGAAGAGAUAUCAUCCUUGCAAUUAGAAUUCCAAUGGCUACUCAAUGAGGAAGUCAACGUCAUUCUUUCUCAGCUCAAACAAUUGAUUUUGGAAUGUUCUCGCAGAUUUUCAUAUGAAGUUGAAGGGUUUACCUCGCUUAUUAAGGCUGAAAAAUUCGCAUUGAUGAGUACGAACGCUUCUCAUGCUGACAAGUUGAAAAUUUUUGCCACUAUUAUGGCAGACGAUAUCACAGCAGCGGAUAUCAACAUUAGACUGCCAAAACACACAGCCUCUAGUCUGAGAUUUUUUAUUCAAAAUGACUGUCAAUGGAAGCUUCAUCAAAUUCAAGACGCUGCUAAUCAUCUCGCUGCAGCACUUUCACUUCUUUCUUCGCCUCCACCUCCACUGAGAUUUGUUGAAUCUGAAAAUAAAUUCGAUUUUCGUUCUGCUGAAGAAGUUAUUCAGAUGAUCAAUAACAUCAUGAGUUAUCUGCAAAAGGGGAGAAAUUCUCUGAUUGUUCCUAAAACUAAGACGAUUGACGAGCUUCGAAAUAGUCGUAAUACGAAAGCGCUUCAACCUUCCAUUCCAAAUGAUCUGGCUGUUAGUUUUUACAUCCAAUCGCAUAAACUAGUCUGUGCAAUUUAUCAUCAGAUUAAAGAUGCUCAUGGAAAUUUAAAAUUAGACAUGUAUCAAGCUGAAGCUUCCAUUCCAUGGUUGAGCGAAGUCCUUGUCCUGUUUACAGUCGCUCUCCAAUUUUGCCAACAACUUAAGGACAAAGUCUCCGUUUUUGCGCAAUAUAAGCAAAUGCAAGUCAAAGCCAUGCCAUGAAUCAAGUUUCAUUGUUUUUGGAUUGUUUCAAUGCGUUUGUUUGCCUCUAAUUUUGAUCUAUAAUUUUUGUCUUAAUCAUUUUUACCGGUCAUUAUGCUUCUUUCCGAAUCUUUACAAUUGUAUGAAAUUGGUUUGAUAUAUUUAAACUUCUAUUUAGCAAUAGAAAGGAGGAUAAAAUCUCAAUGUUUGAGUGAUUAUUGAUUAGCUAAGCAAAAAUAGCUGGUUGAUGGAUUGCUGAAAUUUUUUAAAUCAAUAUUUGAAAUUUUGUGUCAUUUCUAUCAACUAUAAUUAGAAACUGGAUGCUUCUUUCUAUUAACCAGUUCUUGGUUUUUUCCUCUACACAAUAAUGUAUCUGAAUCGAUUGGUCAAACCUGGAUUUAUAAAAAAAAUUAACUUAUUGCAAUAAUUAAUACAUAGUAAUGUAAAAAAUAAUUCACUGGCCAUAAACCGAAUAAAAUAAUGAUAACAACCAUCUAAAUUU